AUGGGCCGCCGCGACAACAAGGGCAAAGAGAAAGGAUGGGAAGGCCAAGGCUACCAUACACCCUCUUACACCUUGUGGCGUGGAGCACAUGCAUCUCCGCGGAGUCGGGCCAAAGCUUGGAAAGACGAGUCCUGGCAAGCCUGGGAGGACACCACGCCGAGCUUCCCGGCAUUCGAUGCGGGGACUUAUGGUGCCAAAGGGUAUGCCGACGACAAGGAAGCGAGGACCGAUCAGCCAGCUGGAGACUAUUUGAGCGUUUUCCAGGCAGCCCUGAACCAUGCACGCAAAGCAGAACAAAAAGUGCAGCGCUUGGAGCAGGCCCGGCAACGUAUGACCAAGCAAUGGAAGGACUACGAGCGCUCAGCCCUGGAGGCAUUCGCCCGGGAAAAACAACGGUUCAAGCAGAAGAUGAACAAACUCACCAAGGACCAGCAGGAUGCGGAACACCAGCAAGAGCUGGCCAGACAUGGGCUACGUGCCUUGCACCUCGAGGAGAAUGCAGCUCCCGAGGGAGGCGAUGCCCCGGUUGCUAUGCAAACCGAAGGAGUGGAUGCAGAGACAGCGAGACUCUUUGCCGAAUGUGGGGAACAAGCAGCCCCAGAUUGGGACGGUGUUCUGGCGAGAGCUUUUCAACCACCGGAAUCCGGGACCCAUGCCGAGCCGGGAAAGCACAGCAGCAACGGGGACUACGCCGACCAGAACCGUCAGGUCCCAAAGCACCCUGGCCAAAGAAUCAUGGAGGAACUGAGAGUUCCCACCUCUGCUGCGCCUCCACGUCAGGGGAUCAAAGAAGCUACUAUGGCCGCAAAGACUCCCACAGCGCCGCGGACAUCCAUCAAGGAGCGACUUCAAGACAAGAGGCAGCAAGCCCUGGCAGAAGCCGCUGGCAGUGGAAGGGCCCUGACGCCUUUCGGGCUAUCACACUUGGCACCACCCGGGGGGCCCCCAAUUGCGGCCAAUUCGAACUUCCUGGACGACGACGAGGACGACGACUCCGCCCACGAGCUCUCUCCAGCGGAAAUUGCUGCCUUGACACGGGGCAGCGCAGGUUAUGGGGACCUGUGGCCCAGGGGGUCUGGAUGCCUUGUGGGCUUCCCAGAUGCCUUGGUUGCCCUUCUCCCUCUGACCAAUGCCCUCCAGAACGACUGGGGCAGAAUGCUACGCUUGGAUCCGAGCGGUUUCACACCCGCUGUACAUGGUUCUGUACAGAUCUUCCCAGGGGCACCAUGGCACGCAAAACCUGCCCCUGGCUGGGAUGUUUCAGGUUUUCCGUUCGCCUAUUGCACCUUGGUCAAUGCCCUCUAG